AUGGGCAAAAUCAAAGUAUUUCCGAGCCCUUCCUACACAAGCAAGCAACCCCACGACCCCGUGGUGCCCCAACUCCCCGCCACCGGAAUUUUGCUCGGACCGAGCAAGUCAGGCAAAACGGUGGCCUUGAUCUCCACGAUUCUCGAACAGUACCGUGGCUGCUUCGAGCGCAUCUACCUCUUUUCCCCCAGCAUCAAUGUAGACGACGGCUGGAGGCCCGUCAAGAAACACAUCGAAGAAACCAUGAAGGUGAACACUGACCGGGAACAGGUCUACUUCGAGAACUGGGACGAGGCGGCCCUGCAGCGCAUCAUAGACCAGCAGCGCAAGAUCACCCAGGUGUCCAAGCAAAUGAAAAUGAAGCAGCUGUACCAGAUCUUGAUUCUCAUAGACGACUUUGCAGAUAGCCCCAACCUGCACAAGAGCACCGGCGAUUCGGCGCUCGACACGCUGUUUGUGCGCGGAAAGCAUUUCCAGAUUUCCACUUAUCUAAGCACCCAGAUGCUGCGCCUCAUCAGCAACGCCGUCAGGGUCAACGCACGGUUUUUCAUGGUCUGGCGCCUAAGGAACCAGCUGGAAAAAGACAGCCUCUUAGAAGAGCUCACGGCCCUGGUUUCCAAGAAGCAGCUGGAAGCCAUGUACGAGGAGGCGGUCCGAGAGCCCUACAGCUUCUUGUACAUCUACCUGCUCAAACCACGAGACGAGAUGUUCCACAUUCGCUUCGACAAGCGCUUUCAGAUAGGCCCCGCGUCUUUAGCAAACGCAACGCCACAUGGGAAGAAAAAGAACAUGACGACCAUCUGGGUAGAUUCGAGGAAACGGGGGUCGGCCAGGCUGGGUGUGUUCAAGAUCAGGGUGGCAGACACCUUCCUCAGCACCGAUCGAGGUUCCAGCUUUGCCGCCGCGACGUAUGUGGAGUCGCGCAACGAGCUGGAAGUUGCUUACGACGGCAAGAGGUUGAUCUUGAACGAUCAGGAACUGCGAACGCAGUUCCCCGGAAGCGGCAACUACCCCCAAGGCGCCACACCCAGCAAGCCCUUGAGCAUCAAUCACUUGCUUGGACCCAGCUUUAUCAACGAGGCGGGCAACCAGCAGGUGUUCACCUUCGUGCAGAUGCAGCCGUACUCGGAAAUUUACCUCCGAUGCAGCAGCCUGGCCAACGCCGCCGACACCGUCGGGCCUCUGGGGCACGACAUCAUCGCCAAGAUCGUUUGCAAGCAGGGCGUUGGCCAUGGAUGGUCGAAGCAGUGA